CAACCGUCGAAAUGGCGUACCACGAGGAAGAACCCACUUUCUUCGAACGAGAACGCGACAGACUUUCCAGAGAGAUAACCUCUGGUUUCGAAGAUCUCUUAUCAUCCACCAACGUUCUCAACCGUAAACUCGAGGAGGUCCUGGGGAUGACAAAGGAGUACCACACCAUCGCCGCUCUGUGGCACAGCUUCCACGAGUUGAUGAGGAAUUCGGGUCAACUGAACGACGAGGAGGCGGAGCAGGUAGCCCCUGGUUUACCUGGGACGGGCGGGCAUGUCGUGUCGAGCUCCAAGCAAUGAAGAACUCUGCCAUUGAUGUUUCACGCGUUCGAAUGCGCCGGCACCUGAAGGGCCUUACUCUCUGGGAACACGACGAGAGUCUGGGAACCAACCCUCCUGCAAGUGCCACAACCAAGGCGACCGCGCUCCAAAUGUCCAUCCACCAACGGCACCAGUCUGCUGCGGAUUCCCAGGAUAGUACGACACCUCAGAUCGACAACAGAGACCAGAGACGGAAACGUCACAUCCACGAGAGGGAAAUGGUAUAAAUAGAAAUCAGAUGCCUCUGGGGCAAAGGGUGGUACAUCCACAACAACGGGGGAGGAGGUAAACACUACUACAGACUGCAUAAAGAAAAGUAGGCGAUAUAAAGAUGCGAAACAAUUGUCCUGUCCGUAAUUCUUGCCAUUCGUUCAUUAGAUAUC